CGCCGCCGGGAGCCGGUGCGGCUGUGAGGGGCCGCGUCUCGCCGCCGCCGCCCGGCCGGGCAUGGUGUUGGGCGCCGGGCCCGCCUCGCCUGUCUCCGGGUGCCCAGGGUAAAGGUGGCAGUAAUGCUAACGCUAGCAAGCAAACUGAAGCGCGAUGACGGUCUCAAAGGGUCCCGGACGUCAGCCACAGCGUCCGACUCCACUCGGAGGGUUUCUGUGAGAGACAAGUUGCUUGUUAAAGAGGUUGCAGAACUUGAAGCUAAUUUACCUUGUACAUGUAAAGUGCAUUUUCCUGAUCCAAACAAGCUUCAUUGCUUUCAGCUAACUGUAACCCCAGAUGAGGGUUACUACCAGGGUGGAAAAUUUCAGUUUGAAACUGAAGUUCCCGAUGCGUACAACAUGGUGCCUCCCAAAGUGAAAUGCUUGACCAGGAUUUGGCACCCCAACAUCACAGAGACAGGUGAAAUUUGUCUAAGUUUACUGAGGGAACACUCGAUUGACGGCACUGGCUGGGCUCCCACAAGAACACUGAAGGAUGUUGUUUGGGGAUUAAACUCUUUGUUUACUGAUCUUUUGAAUUUUGAUGAUCCACUGAAUAUUGAAGCUGCAGAACAUCAUUUGCGGGACAAGGAGGACUUCCGGAACAAAGUGGAUGACUACAUCAAGCGUUACGCCAGAUGAUGAAGGGGAAGCUUGCAGGCCCACGGACUGUGUUACAGUUUGUCUCUAACGUGAAACAGCAAGAGGUAGCCCCGCCUCUUCCCCGUCCUCACGCUCCCUCUCAGUCCCACUGGAUUGUCCCAGCCCUGUGACCAUGUUGUCCUGAAGAAGACCAUCUUCAUGACUGCCCAUUGUAGAUGGAGAAUUCUACAUAAAUACAGCAAGAACAUGUAUUUGGGUUUCUAAAGAGUUGUCUGCUUACCUUAACAUGUUUACUUUUUUGAAAUUGUACUGUAUAGGCUGUUGGUGAAAUUCUUGAGAAGUUGUAAUGAACUCAAAACUGAGGCUAGAGCUUGCUUACCCUUUCCCCAAACAAAAUUGGUUUCCUGCACAAGUGACGCUAAUGAUGUGUUCAGUGUAACUUGCAGAUUGGCAAUAAGAAACCCGCUACAAACUGUGAUUGGAGGCAAAUUCUCUUAGCUUCUUCCACGAAUGUUGGCCCUGCCUAGAUGUCGUGAAGCUUUCCAGAAUGCAUAGAGUCAUUCACUGUAGAUCUCUUAUUGAAAUGCGUAUUUUAUUUAAUGUAAGUAUAUUUUGAAACAGAUUUGUAAUUUGUACAAUUUAAUGCUUUAAUUAUUUUUUCUAUUCUCAUUUAGUUUGUAUUUUCAUUGUAUAGAGCAGACAGAAAGAUGUUGGGUCAAUCAACUAUUGAAGAGAAAUACAAACAAAGUAUGAAAGACACAUUAUUCAUUCUGUCCAAAUGCAACAAGAUUCUGGCUCUUAAAAAUCAGCUCUUGCUUUCAGGUCCAGAUGUGGCAAGGACAUUUCGGAGCCCUUUGAAGCUAGAUCUGGAUGAUAAAAAUAAAAGCAAACAAACAAAAAGGCAGGGAGCCCAUUCUCACAUGCUGCCCCGAGGAAGCUGGCCGGUGCUGGACCAGACGGGGGCUGGUGUUUCUGCGGUGUCAUGUGAUCGGGAGCAGUAGCCGAUUACCAGAGCGCCAGACCCUCGCUGUCCUGAGAGGCAGGAGAGAGAGAUACUCAGGAAUCAGCCCAGACAGUGUCUGAUGCCACUGAGACUGUGCCUGUGGCCUUCUUCUGAGUUUGCUGUGGCUCUGGCCCUUUCUGGGGGUGAGCCUGGGCUGUGGAGGACAGGAAUCAACAGCAGCAUGUGCCAUCCUCAGCCAGGCUCACUCGCGGCAGAGGAAGAGCCCCGAAGAGAGGCAAGUGGAUUUAUUCCAGCGUUUAGACCUUUGAUCCAGUGAAGUCAUAUGCAAAAUAAAUGUUUGUCUGGUUUCA